UCUCUCUCUCCUCUCUCUCUCUCACUUCACGCGCCGUCCGACGAUGAAAAAGCGAAUCGCGAUUCGCCGAAGAAGAUGAUGCAGUCGAAGCUCUCCCUCGCCGCCCGGCCGAGACCGACGCCGCCUCCGCCGCGACCUCCUCCCUCGCCGCCGUACCGCGGCGGCUCUCGCUUCUCCCGCGGCGGCUCUCCGGCCGCCUCCUCCCGGCGGGCCCAGCGGCUGAAGCUCGUGUGCCGGUCUCUCGGCGACAAGUGGAAGCUGAGCGAUAUCGACGCCGGUGCGGUGCAGGAGCAAGUGACGUCGUGGCUGUCUAAGACGCAGAACUUUCUGAGGGAAGCGGCUUCGCCGCUGGUGAAGAGCGGUCAAAGUAGGAAACCCGAUUCGGAAAAUGUCUCCGACGCUCGCGACAUGGGGGAGAUUUUCGAAGGCGAGCGGACGGUGGACCGUGGGAUGCCGGGUGGGGUUCUCUCCUGGGAAGCUGUUUUGGCCAUAGAGCAAUUCAGCAGGAUGAAUGGAUUGACUGGUCUGAAAAUGCAGAAGAUAUUCAAAGCCCUGGUUCCUGAAUCCGUAUAUAAUGAUGCAAGGAACUUGGUGGAGUACUGCUGCUUCAGAUUCUUGUCAAGGGAUGGUUCCCAUUUUCAUCCUUGCCUUAAGGAACCUGCAUUCCAGAAGCUAAUUUUCAUAACGAUGCUAGCCUGGGGGAAUCCCUACUGUGGAGAUACCAACCAGGAUGCUGUGGAGAGAGCUUCCUUUCAGGGUAAGCUUGUAGGUGAAGAGGCUUUUACCCGAAUUGCUCCUGCUGUCCAUGGAGUGGCUGAUUCAUCAACAGUGCAUAAUCUAUAUAAGGCACUUGCUGAUGAUAAUGGCAUCUCCUUGAGCUCAUGGUUAACUUACGUAGACGAGCUUCUCAAGGUACAUGAAGGACGAAAAUUGUAUCAGGCUCGAGAAUGUACAAAGAUCUCUCUGGAGCAGGUCUUAUGUAUUGGCUCUAGCAGGAAAAGGCCUGUGCUUAAAUGGGAGAAUAAUAUGGGAUGGCCGGGAAGUGUUAUCUUGACAGAUAAAGCAAUCUAUUUCGAGGCAGUUGGUGUAAUGGGACGCAAAGAUUCAGCAAGGUUAGAUCUUACAAAACCUGGAGCAUGUGUGGAAAAAGCAAAAGUUGGGCCUUUGGGAUCUCUUCUUUUUGACUCUGCUAUCUCUAUUUCUUGCGGUCCUCAGUCAAAGACAUGGGUUUUGGAAUUUGUUGAUUUGGGAGGUGAGAUGAGAAGAGAUGUCUGGCAUGCCUUUCUAUGUGAAGUAAUAGCUUUGCACAAGUUCAUCCGUGAGUAUGGACCUGAAGAAAGUGAUCAAUCUAUCUUUCAUGUGUAUGGAGCCCAUAAAGGAAAGGAACGAGCAAUCAUGAGUGCCAUUAAUAGCAUAGCUAGACUUCAAGCUCUUCAAUUUAUGCGUAGGUUGUUGGAUAAUCCCCUCAAACUUGUUCAGUUUUCAUACUUACAGAAUUCACCCUAUGGUAGUGUUGUUUGCCAAGCUCUAGCUUUGAAUAUUUGGGGUGGACAGCUAGUCACAAGGUAUACAGAAGCAGGUUCUCCAUCAGAUCAAGAAUCGUCGCCUUCUGAUGUAAUAUCAGAAAAUACUGGUCAUAUUUAUGACAUAGAUGGAAGCAUAUACUUGAGAAAAUGGAUGAGAUCUCCAUCUUGGGUUUCCAGCUCUUCCGUCACUUUUUGGAGGAAUGCAUUAAUAAAACAAGGUCUUGUAUUAAGUAAAAAUCUUGUUGUGGCUGAUGCAAGCGUGGUAGAAAAAGCAGCAACUACAUGCAGAAAGAAAGGCAAGAUGGUUGAAAAAACACAAGCGACAAUAGAUGCUGCAAUGCUGAAGGGAAUCCCUAAUAACAUAGACCUUUUCAAGGAAAUUAUAUUUCCUUUGACAAUCGCUAUCAGAAAUUUUGAAAGGCUCAGACGCUGGGAGGAGCCUCACGUCACCAUCUCAUUUCUUGCAUGUGCAUAUACCUUGAUAUUCAGGAAUUUAUGGUCAUAUGUAUUUCCAUCGGCACUAAUUAUUCUUGCAGCUGGUAUGCUGACAUUAAAAGGACUAAAGGAGCAGGGCCGCCUUGGAAGAUCUUUUGGAUCAGUUACGAUUCGUGAUCAGCCACCUUCGAAUACCAUUCAAAAAAUCAUAGCUGUGAAAGAUGCUAUGCGUGAUGUUGAGAACUAUCUGCAGAAUCUCAAUAUUUUACUUCUAAAAUUACGAACAAUUGUGCUUGCUGGUCAACCUCAGCAUGCCCGCAGGUUUCCAUCACUAGUUAUCUAAUUCUAAGAUAGUAAUGUUAGGACUUAAUACAAUCCUAUUCACAACUUAGAUGACUGGUGCUGUCCCCAAAGGUAACACUUGACCGGCCUGAUUUUAUCCCAUUUGCUGUUAUAUAAAGGUUGUGUCUCAAGCCACAAUGAGUUGACAACUAUGCUGUUGUCAUUACUUUCAAGUCUUGUAUGAUCGCAUUCUUUCUGCGGCUUGAUAUUGUGCUGGUUUCUUGGUUAUAAUUUAGUCUUCAACUCUUCAGUAGCAGUAGUAUAGUAUAGGUGUAGCUAAUGACUUAUCUAAUGCUCUGACCUUCUACCUAAUUGACAUAUGGGGCUGUGCCAUACUGAGCUAUAUAAAUAAAUAAAUAAAUAAAUAAAUAAAAGAUUAUAUCGAGAUCUUGGGAAGUGCCGAUGCUUUGUGUAAUGUUUUGCUUAUUACCUUUCUGGGUCUCUAUAUGGCAUUGGUCUCUCGAUAUAUCUAUAUUUGAUGUUUGACCGAUCCUCUCUCUCUCUCUCUCUCUCUCUCUCUCUCAUGAGUGUACAUGCAUGAACCAUUUCCCGAAGUAUGUGUCUG